CGUGGGUGGUGAUUUCGAGGCCUACUACGACUCAAGCCUAGCGUAUUCACUGAGUGUGUUAAUAACGCAUCGCAUGGCUGCCGAAGACACCAAUUCAGCGACGACAAAACUAUUGACACUCUUGAAUGUUUCUGCCCUAAAAAGCCGAAAACGAGUUCGAGCAAUCGACGAUUCGCACACCCAGACAAAAGAGAGCAAACGCAAGCGAUUCAUCUCAUUCACCGAAGACGAUGCUUUGGAAACCACACCUACCACCCUGCAGGAGGACGCCAACCCUGCGUCAGACGCUGUGAACGCAGAUGAUGGGUCAGACGACACGAAACGUGGAGAUCCCGAAGAUGCAACUUCGCUCCAUGAGCGGCACUUUGGCGCAAACCCCGAAGCGUUAACAGAAAGAAGCAGGUUGCAGGUUAACCAAAGCAAUUGGAAGACUACGAGAGAGAAAGUUGGAGCCCUCACGGUCGUUGCCAGCCUACUCCCAGAGUUUACACCACUAACCAAAACGCUCGCUAAGAAGACAGCGAUCCUAGAACGCCUUCGGAAACCCUUUUUAGAUCGUCAGGCCAAGCAGCAGCAAGAGCGCAUUCAUGUACAGAACGACUUGCUUUCUAUUCUUUCCGCCCAUUUCGACCUCUAUCAUCCAGCUAUCCCUCUCAAUCACCACCAGUGUAUCCGAGAAGCCAUAACAUUGCACGCUCUUGACCAUGUCACCAAAAAACGUCGCCGAAUUCUCAAAAAUAACGAACGUAUCUUCAACGCAAAAAACGGCUCUGAGCCACCAGAGGAUAUCCAGGAUCAGGGAUUCACCCGUCCGUCCGUCCUGGUCCUCCUUCCAUUCCGCUCAUUUGCUGUGCAAUGGAUCAACGCGUUAACGUCGCAUACCCCUCCUCCGUCCUUCCAGAUAGAGAAUCACUCUAGAUUUUUGUCAGAAUACGAGUUGCCUCCUGACGUUGUGGACAAGCUGGCUACGGUUGAAAAGGGGACGUACCCUGAUGACCACGUAGAGAUGUUUAAAGGGAACAUGGACGAUAAUUUCAGGAUCGGUGUGAAAUUGACGAGGAAGAGCAUAAAGCUUUUCGCAGAGUUCUAUGGAUGUGAUAUUAUAUUUGCCAGUCCUCUUGGCUUGAGGAUGUCCAUCGAGAAAGAAAAAAGUGCCGACUUUUUGUCGUCUAUAGAGAUUCUAGUGAUGGACCAAAUGAACGCAAUGGCCAUGCAGAAUUGGGAUCAUAUUGAGCAUGUGCUUUCUCACAUGAACAAGUUUCCGAAUGAAUCGCAUGACGCCGAUUUUUCUCGAAUUAAACCUUGGUAUCUCGAUGGAUAUUCUGCUUACCUCCGUCAAUCUAUUCUGCUAUCUCCUUUUGAAACCCCUGAAAUGCGUGCAUUGUAUCACCGCAAACUCAAAAACAUAGCAGGGAAAAUACGGGUGGAGAAAGUGUGGCCUGUAUUGGAAGUACCAGGAUCGUUAGAUCCGAUUUUUACCUCCUUCGACUGUCUUAAUCCACAGGACGAAGCUAGUAAACGCUUUGACUACUUCACCACCCAGCUUCUACCAAAAAUUCUAAAAUCUGCCGUUCAAAGUUCAAACACGAUUGUGUUCAUACCAUCGUCGUUUGACUUUAUCCGGGUGCACAACUACUUCCGGAAACAAACUGGCCUUGAUUUCACGACGCUUUCUGAGUACUCCUCGAACCAAGACAUCUCGCGCGCACGCCAGGCAUUCUUUACUGGCAAAAAGUCCUUUUUGCUCGUCAGCGAACGGUUCCAUUUUUACCGACGUUACAAAAUUAGGGGGAUCCGUAACAUCAUAUUUUACGCUCUCCCAGAACACCCUCAGUUCUUUUCGGAAUUCCUCUCUUACCCUUUCCUCGACGAUGGUGUGGACUCGACUGACGUGAGCUGUCACGUAAUGUAUUGUAAGUAUGAUUGGUUCAGGUUGGAGAGGAUAUUGGGCACUGCAGGUGCGAAGAGUUUGAUGCAAGGAUACUCAUAGCCUAAAACAUCAACACAUACUACGGUACAUUUGCCUCUUGCUUUUCGCGUAGUGUUGGACAUGCGUGUGCUACACCUACUAUACUAUAACCUGGAAUGAAUAGACAGGCAAAAAUAUUCUGGCAAUGUCGUCAGACAACGAUUGCCGUGACGCCAGCGAAGCAAAAGACAUGACCUGACCCUGGCUCGAACAGGGGACCUUCUGUGUGUUAGACAGAUGCGAUAA